AUGGAAGUAAGAAGAGACCCCCGGUCCUUCCUCUUCUUCAUAGUCCUCCUACUUCUCAUCAACUCGCCCGAACCACAACAGCCUGCGUUCAAUGUUCGCUCACGAUUCCGAGAGGUCAUCGACCGCGAGUACUACGAACUCGGCGUGCUCAAUACGACGCGAUACGGCGACUUCAAGCCGGAUAAAAACAAAUGGUUAAAUGUCACUGGGUUGCGCGACGAAGAUGGAUUUGCAUGGGAGUUGUUGGACCCUGUGAGGGAGAAGGCAAGAGUACAGUCAGAGCGGAUACUGGGAGAUAGGUGGAAACGCAUGCUGGAUGGCCCGCCCGAGGAAGGCGAGCCCGUGAUGCCGGUAUAUAGGAACCUGUCUGGAUAUGUGCAAGGCGAAUGGACGCGCUCGCCGCUCAGUCGCAUACGACAUCCUAGCGAUAUGGGCAAUGCUUCGGUGACCCCAGACAAUCCAUUCGGACACCUCAUAGAGUACGACAGAAACCUGACAGGGACAGGUGGGCCGUUGCGCAUGCACAUUACAGAGCUGGAAGACAAGAUGCGGAGAAACGAGAACAAGACCAUAUCUGAGAUCAGCGCGAAGGUGGUCAUUGGCGAUAAAGACAGCUUUGGAGGCAACUGGUGGGAAUUCGUGGCACAUGGCGUUCACUUCAUGAAGAGCGGGACUGCUGUUCUAACUACUACGAGCGAUAGGUUUGCAGGCAUCUUCGCUUUAUCCCACAUGCAGAUGUCGCCAUACAUGUAUUCGACGUCGCAAGAGUUCCUGAACUGGACCAUACAUGAAGCCAUCGAACGACAAGAAAAGCGAACAUUCCCUUUGUGGAAUCCGUGGACAUCUGCAGCCGAAGGGACCAACGAGGGCUUGUUUCAAGGCCAUCAUUGCGAGUUCGUGCUGUAUCUGCAAGAACUGCCGAGUCAGUACAACGUCGAUAUGGACUGGUUUGAGCACGAGUUACGAUUUCCUACCGGAGCGCCCAUCUCUCAGCAUGUUCUACACGCCAUGUCUAUGGUCGGGUUCUCGCCAGACUGUGGUUUCGUCAUUGAGUCCAAGGGUCCCCCAGACUUCCCACCGUCGGAAGCCCAACAUCUGCUUGGAGCGAAGACAGAGGACUUCAACGUCAGGGCAAGACACAGCAUUCUUGCAUUUGCCAUUAGUCUUGCCUUUCAACUCUCGUUCACUAUCAAGCAAAUGAAGGAGACAGCGACACCAUCGAUGCGUAGCAGAGUCAGCUUCUUCACCAUUGCGAUGAUGGCUUUGGGAGAUGGGUUUACAUUCCUGAUCCUCAUCUUCAUGUACCUGUUCCUUGGUACUGCACAGCUGGCACUGUACAGCAUCGCCUUCAUAGCCCUCUUCUCCGUGCUUACCCACCUCCGCUUCUUAAUGGAUAUUUGGUCUGUUCAAGCUGCAGAAAGGGCUCGCCAGGAAAGACAAGAAGCAGCAGCCACGCCAAGUCCUGCUCCAGCAUCUCGGACUGCCACUCCAGCACCUUCUGCUGAGGAGGGAUUGCCACUACCAGCAACCGCAGCUCGGCCACGUCCGCCAACUCCAAUCAUCAUUGCACCAGACCAGGACGAUCCCGAUGAAGACCUUGCGCCGGCUGCGAACAAUACCACAACAACAGCUAACACGAACAACGCAAACGCGAAUCCCCGGGCCGAACUUGGCGCACUCUAUAGCCGGUUCUGUCUGAUGUUGAUAGUCCUCUUCUUCAUCACGAUUCAAUUCGCCACGGCCCGCACAACCUACCGUGCCAUCUACUUUGAUGUAGUUUCCUUCAUUUACUUAUCUUUCUGGAUACCACAAAUCUACCGCAACAUUAUGCGGAACUGUCGGCGCGCAUUACGCUGGGACUAUGUUGUUGGAACGAGCGUGGCACGGAUUAUGCCUAUAGCGUAUUUCUACAUGAAAGAAGACAACGUACUAUUUGCGAGGACAGACUGGAGAGUGAUGGGUGUUCUGGUGGGGUGGGUUUGGGUGCAGGUUGUGGUUCUGGCAAGCCAGGAGGUGUUAGGCCCACGAUUCUUCGUUAGGGAAGGAUGGGCACCACCGGCUUACGACUAUCACCCCAUCUUACGCGAGGACGAAGAAGGCGCUGCUCUGCCACUCAACGUCUCCACGUCUCCUGACUCGCCUUCGACGAUCGAUGCGCCGUCAUCAUCGGCCGCAGAUGGCGAUUCAAUCAAAGCAUCGGGAGAGUCCAGGUCUAAAGGCAAGAAAGUGUUCGACUGCAGCAUCUGCGCCAACGACAUUGAAGUUCCGAUUAUACCUGCAGGUGCGGAUGAAGCCAGUGUUACGGGCAUGGGCGGCACGAGCAUGAUUUUGCAGAGACGACAAUACAUGGUUACGCCUUGUCGACACAUUUUCCAUGCCGGGUGUUUGGAAGGGUGGAUGCGGUAUCGACUAAUGUGUCCGAAUUGCAGAGAGAGUCUGCCGCCAUUGUAGAUAGAAACACCAAUACCAUCUCUUCUCCCA